GGAUUGAUGAUUUUGAAAGGAAGGAAUUAACAUGUUUGUAAUCUGCUACAAAAGACAUUAUAUAGCGGCCCUUAAAUUGUAACUGAGUUUUCGGUUACACGGUCGAUCAAAUUUUCAGGACGACUUGUUGACUUGAUUGGGCUCCGGGAGAUGAGUUGGGUGUUUAAAGCCUAAAGGCCAAGCCCAGGUUAGCGCCUCCUUCCACUUCUCUGCUUACACUCUUUCCUGUUCCUCCUCCGGUAAAUUCUCUGCUUGGGCAUUACGUCGAACAGCUUGCGAGCAAAGCUGAAACUUGUCACGCACAGAUCGUAGGCAUGAAUCUAUUCGGUAACGCGGUUCCAUGGAGAAGCAUCGCGAAAGAAGCGCUCGAGCGCACCGCGAUCGUAACGAGGUUCCUGUGCUUGCUCCACGUCACCAACACCUACAUCUGCACUCCUACUCUUGUCUACGGCCCGAGCAUGCUUCCGACUCUGAAUCUGACCGGCGACGUGUUAUUGGCCGAGCGCGUGUCGCACCGGCUGGGGAAGGUGAGGCCCGGCGACGUGGUGCUAGUGAGAUCGCCGGUGGAUCCCAGAAAGUCUCUCACCAAGCGCGUUGUCGCCAUGGGAGGCGAUAAGGUCACUUUCGUCGUCGAUCCUCGCAACAGCGACCGAGUUCGCACGAUUACGGUUCCGAGGGGACAUGUAUGGAUCCAGGGCGACAAUAUCUACGCAUCGAGAGAUUCGCGGCAAUUUGGCGCUGUUCCUUAUGGUCUCGUCGAGGGCAAAAUAUUAUGCAGGUGCAUUCUUAUGUGCAUUGUAGCUUCCAUCGUCUGCAUAAAACGAACACCGUGUUCUCCUAUGCAGGUAUGGCCGCUUGAUGGAUUUGGUUUGCUGCAUCACUGAGUCUAGUGCAUCGUGCAAAACCCAUCUUCAUUGUGGGAGCAACUGGCUGAAGGCGAGGGACUGCGGAGGAAAAAAGUGUAUGUAUAAACUGAAGUUUGAAACAGGCGUUACAAACUCUUUGGUGAAUUUGAG